AUGGCAGAUUCGCCGAGACCUUUUACUCCAUUCAAUCGCCAAUCGAAUGAGACAACAGCAAAAAGCAGUAUACCAGCCAUUAAUUUUGAGGGAUUAUCUUCCAUCGAGAGCACAGCCAUUGCCCGUCAAGCCAAGCAUUACGAAAUAAAAAGUUCUAAUAAAAAGAUUGAAAUACAUGAUAUUGAUUGGCUCUGUUCAAAUCCAACUUCUGCGAGAGAGUCCAUCAUUGAUAGGACUAAUCAAGUCCAAUCAACACACUCCAUUGGUAUGCCGAAGACUAGUACAGAUGAUUAUCUGUUUCAGCGACAACAACCAACAACCACGAUAGAAAAUACAUGCAACACGAUGCAGUCAACCUCCAUUUCAUUACCUACUACUUUUACAGCUGCACCAGUGACUUACAAUAAGACCACAUAUCCUUCUGAAAAUGCUGGACGUCCCCUAACAGCCAAGUCCCGAUUGCCUACUCAAUCUUACAAAAUUCCUCGAGACAAACAAUAUACAAAGUUUUUUCAACAUGAUAGAUUCUGUGAAAGUCUUCAACUUGCACUCAUCGAGCAAUUUUCAGUACAAGUUCAAAUAAUGAAUGCUAGAGAUAAUUAUAGCGAUGCGAAUGUAGCCUACACUGUCGUAUUGUCAGGAUCUCAAGUUCAAGUAACAUUAGCAUACGAUGCACUAGAGAUGUUGCUAACCAUGUCCUUACAGAAGAAAACGCUAGACAAAAACAUUGGUUUCUGGGUUUGUAAACCAGAAGCAGCUCACAUCAUUCAACAAUAUGCUAAUCAAAUGAACAUUAUUUGUUUGUGUGACUCAUCUAAAGACAUCGGAUUGACUAUUUAUUAUUUCACAGCAACUAUGACUUCACUGAAAGACUUAUGUACAACAGAAGCAGAUAUCAAUGAUAUUAUCCAUCGAAAAUGCGCAUCGGGUACUAUUACAGUUUCCGAAGGCGUGGAUGUUACUGUAAUGAAUGAAUAUUUUCAAAAACUUCAAACGUUUUACUUACAGACAUCUAACAAAGAUUCUAUAAUGAUGAUUCGACAGAAUAAUUGUAUGUUACUAUUUGGUCUCGCGCAUUUAGUAGAAAGUAUCAUCGCUGAACAUGAAAAAUUAAAACCAAAGCUUGUUAUAACUCAAAUUGAACUCAACUUGCAAGAUUAUCAGAUCGAGUAUUUGCUUGGUAUGUUUCAAAAUGAAUUGCAACAAUUAGAAGAACAGAAUGCAAGCUUACAAAUUUUUAAUGGUAUCAAAAACAGAUUUAUUGCAGGCCCUAGCAAGACAAUUGACGCUGUUAAAGAGAAACUAAAUCAAAUGGUUACAAUUAUCCAACGAAAACAAUUCAUUAUUGAUGACAUACGAUUCAGUUCACUGGCUGUAGUUGAAGAAAAACAUCUUGUGGAAAUAGGUUUAGCUCACAAAUGUCUUUCAAAAACUGAGUUCGAGUCAACCGAGAAAAUUUAUUCGGCUCCAAUUCCAUCUUUUGAUAGAAGUGCAAAUGGAUUUACUCCAUCUGCUAUGUCAAUCGAUAUUCGAACAGGUGAUCUUGCGGAACAAUCUGUUGACACUGUUGUCGUCUGUUCGACGUCGCAAUAUCUUUUAAAUGAUAUUCUGGACAAGGCAGGUACUUCGAUAAAGAAUCAAGUGAUUGAAGCUCUUCAAAAUGGUCAAAUUACCUACAAUGGUUAUGAAACAUCUGGCGGACAAUUGUUCUGCCAACGACUCUUGUUUGUUCCGUGGACAACACAAAAACUCGAUGAUAGGAAUUUACGUCAGUCGAUACAUAUAUUUUUUACAACUGCCAUUAUACACGCACUUAAUACUCAACAAACUUCAAUUGCAUUCCCUGCUCUUGGCUGUGGUGAACUUAAAUAUGAUCCUAAACUCAUUGCUGAAGUCAUACUUGAUGAAACUCAAAGAUAUGCAAACUUUAACCUAAAAAUAUUGAUUGUACUUCUUCCGAACAAACAUGAGGCGUACGAGGCGUUCUGUGUUAAACUAGCUGAAUUACGUCAGAGAAAGACAGCAAUAAAUCCAACUAGAUUUCGCUAUCCUUACAAAAUCACCAAAGUAAUACUAAUCGGAUCAGAAGAAAACAUGAAAAGCUGCCGGAAAGCUGUGCAAGACCACGUCCAUAAAUGUGUACAAACAGAAGAAUGCGAUGAAUUUCCGUUGCAUACUUGGGAUCAAGCAACCAUUGAUAUAUUUUAUAAAUAUUGUUUCGAACAGCAUGUUAUACCAGAAGUCAAUUCAACAAAUGAAAAAUUGCAACUCGCCGGUCCCAAAGAUAAAGUCAUGGACACGAAGACGGAAUUUUAUCGAAUGAAAAGUAGAAAAGCCGAAGAAGCACGUAUCGCUUCCUAUGCUCGAAUAGCAAUCUGGGUAUAUGAAACCACCACUGGAACUAUUGAAAAAUACUCACUCAAAUUGAAUGCUCUCAUCGAAGAAGCAUUUAGCAACAAUC